AUGUUUCCCAAGCUUCCCAAGCUCAACCAGUUCUUGGUCCUCUCGCCUACCACUGGACCCAAGACCUCCAACAACUUGAUCUCAUCUCCUGAGGACUCUGAGAAACCUGGAGUCCCAAUUGAGCGUCUAUCUUCAACCUCCAGCACUGGAUCCAACAGCAGCUUUGCUGGCGGUUUCCUCAAGCUCGGCUACGACCGAACAUUGGACCCGAAACAACAUAGCAUCAUCCGGUCGCGAUAUUACACUCAAAUUACGAAUUCAUCGCGACUAGAAUCUAUGAAUUAA